AUAUAUUUUUGUGCCGACCCCAAAUAGUUGGGAGAAAUACGAAGGAGAAGAAGAAAAAUAAAAAUAUAUUUUUGUGCUUCUAUACUAUAUUCUAGUAUAUAAGUCUGUGGUAUAAUGAUAUUAUUAUCAGUAAUUGUUAUUCAAAAUUACCUGUUGCAUCACAAUAUUAAAAUAUGUUCAAAAAACAAUGAUCAAUCAAUUCACUGAUUGUUAUUAUUAUUUUUUUAUAUGAUUCUGUCUAUAUAGAACACAAACAUAUUUUUACACUUUCAAUUAAUUGACUCUUCAGUAUUGGUUUCAUAACUAGAAGUUUCUAUUAGUCUUAUAACAUUGGACAUUAUGGAACUUGUAAAAAUUUCCAAAUCUAAAUUACGACAAGAGUUAAAGAAAAAAAUUUCGAAAAUGACUGUUUAUGAAAUUGCUGAGCAAUCAAAAUUAAUAACCAAUAAAUUAUUGAUUCACCCAGCAUACAUUAGAAGCAAAAGAGUGUCUGUUUAUAUCAGUAUGGAUUCCGAAGUACAAACAAUAAAUAUUAUUAAAAACAUUUUUGACACAGGAAAAAAAUGUUUUAUUCCAAAAUAUAAUCAAUAUGAUAUGUCUAUGGUGAGUUUGGAGUCAAUGGAUGAUCUGAAAAGCUUGCCGAAAACCAAAUGGAAUAUAUUACAACCAGCAGACAAUGAUGUUCGUGAAGAUGCAUUGUCUACAGGUGGUUUAGAUUUGAUGAUAGUUCCAGGCUUGGGAUUUACUAUCAAUGGAAAACGGUUAGGACGCGGAAAAGGUUAUUAUGAUCGAUCUAUUGCUGAGUAUAGGAAUAAAUAUCCUUAUAAUAAUUUAAAAAUUAUUGGAUUAGCAUUUAGCCAACAAAUAUGUGAUGAUAUACCUACUAGCGAACAAGAUAGUUUAAUUGAUUAUAUUGUGUAUUGAAAUAAGUAAGUAACUAUGUGAAAAUGAUAUAAUAAUUAAUGUAUUAGUUUUCUAAAUUGUACACUGUUCUAAAAUUAUAA